AUGAAGUUUUUCAGAAUAAUUUUCGUUUCUUCUCUUUUUCUGGUGAAAUGCUUUGCCUAUGGUGGAAACGAGGCCGGGGGAAUAUCUCUGGCUGUACCGCAGUCUACAGGCAGUGGCGGUAGUAGUGGCUAUGAUGCAUCUUCUGGCGCAGGCGGUAUUUCUCUAAAUGGCGGCGGUGGCGUUAACAUUGCUGGACCAAUAUCACUCAGCGGUCCAGCAAGAAAUAGUGCCGGCUCUUACUUGGGCGGUGGAGGUGGUGGCGGUGGUGGUGGUCUUGGUCGUUACCAGGCAGCCAUUUUCACAAAACACACCGUCGAGACGAGACCGGUAAUGACCAGCAAUGAGCUCACUCAACCAGCCAUCAUUGAGGUCGACGGUGGAGAUCUACCCCUUGAGUUGGUCUUCAAGUCAACCACCAGUCGUUUAAAGGUGCGACAACAGCAUGUGUCAACUGGGGGAGGUCAAAUUCAAGAAACUAACUCAGAAGAGCCAGUAUCCAUAUUACGAAACACUGUGCGACGUCCUA